AAUAUAAACAUUUCAGUUUUAGUGAAGUGUACCAUUACCAACUUGUAAUGAUAUUACAAGUCAUCACUCUGUAGACACGAGAGUGAACCAAAAUGCUCCACAGUCUAGGUAAACUGCAGGAAGUAGGCUUAAGGUUAUUUAACUUCCAAACCCCAGAUCUUUGCUCUGAUGGUCACUUCAAAUUCUACAAUUUCAAACACCUUUGAAGGCAUUCAGUUAAGGCCUCUGGCCUCUAGAUGGCCCUCUAUCUUUUGGGAAUGCCUUAAAGUCCAUUUCAUGAGGGAAAGUUGAAGCCAGAGAUCUUUCUGGGAUAGCGCAAGUUACCCUGUAUCUUUGCUCAAGGAGUUCUUUCUGUAGCUUCCUAGAGUAUACCAGAAUUAAAACUUUCUCUCCUUUGAUGAGUCUCUCCAAAGCAAGGAGUAAUGUCUGUAUUACUUUUGUCCACACAUGAGGGCACUUGAUUUUAUUUCAAGCCCUGGAUUUUAGACAUACUUUAGCAUUUUGUGAGUUGUACUUAAAAUCCCAACCACUUCCUAGGAAUACAACUAUAGUCUCCUAAACUCUGUCCUCACCUACAACACAGUCCUUUUGGCUUUCAAGAACUAUCCACAAUCAGGCUCAGAUAUGCUUUUCCUUUGUUAUGUAAUCAGAUGAAACUGAAAGUGGAAAGUUAUAUCUAUUAAAGUGAGGAGCUGGGUAGAGGGUGGAAAUGAAGAAAAAGAACAAAUCUGAAAGAAAUCAGAGAAACUGUAUUCUGAUACUAUUGUUUAGAUUUCUAAAGGAAAUGGAAAGAUGUUUGGCAAUGAGAGAAAUCAGUUAUGAUUUUUAGAAGAUGGUUGUUUUCUUCAGCAUUUAAAAAUGAUUUUACUUUGUUUUAAUUUUCAAGAUGAUUAUAGAGCUUAUGACCUUCAUAAAAGUGAACUUUAUAAGCCAGAACAAACUUUCCACCCCCCUACUGUGAAAUUUGGAAAUUCAACUACAUUUCAGGAUGACUUUGUUCCUCAGGAGAUAAAGCCUAGGCAAAUCUUUAAACCCUCUUCUGUGGUCAAACAUUCUACAGCCCCUUUUAAUGGCAUUACAAGUCAUCGCCUUGAUUAUAUACCUCAUCAGCUUGAACUCAAGUUUGAAAGGCCAAAAGAAGUUUGCAAACCAACUGACCAACACUUUGAGGAUCUCACAACUCACCGGUAUGACUUUCAGGGUCUUAUUGGUGAAACUGCAAAAAUUUGCAGACCUGUACACACCAGAGUGACCCAGAAUGCUCACUUUGAAGGAAACACUGAAUUCCGUGAAUGUUUUCAACCAUGGGAAAUCCCAUCACCUGAGGUCAAGAAAGUACCAGAGUAUGUGCCUCCUACAGGUAGCAUGCUAUUAAACAGCACAAGCCAUCCUGACUAUGUUCCAUGUCAGGCCAACCAUGUAGUUCCCAUCAGGCCAGUUUCUCAGAGAAGAAGUAACAAUUUUCCUUUCCUAGGAAAAAGCACCAUGAAGGAAGAUUUUCCAGCAUGGGAAAAUGGUCAUCAAGGACUUAUUAAGAAGCAGGAACAGAUUCCCAACCCAUCUGGAAAAUUUGAUGGUUUGAGCACUUUCAUCUAUGUGCCACACAAAUUGAUUCCAACAGAGAGUUGCAAACCUUUAAAUAUUGCUUUUAAGAGUUCUGUUCCAUUUGAUGAUGUGACCAUGUACUCUGUAGAGUACACACCGAAAAAACAGGAAAUUUGCCCAGCAAGUUACUCGUCUCCUCCAGGUUAUAUUUUUGAAAAUGCCAAUUCCCAAGGUCAUAAAUUCUUUCACAAAAUUUCUCCCACAGUGAAGACCUUCUUCUAAUAACCAAAAUAUGCUUAAAAGGAAGCUACUAGCAAGUAAUUGUUUU